AUGAUAGACGAUUAAAUAAAAGACAAGUUUACUUCAACUAAACCAAACAUUCCUGAUGAAGCAGAGUUUGUUAUAGCAACACCAUAAAUAAUAGUUCCAGAGAAAUUAGUAUAACCAACAGGAUAAGUGGGUCCAGCAAGACCAUCAAGUGAAGAAAGUUAUUCAUCUGAUGAAGAAGUUUUUGAGCCUGAUUAUGAGCCAAUUCAAAAAUAAGUUAAAGUGAAUGAAAAUGAUGGAAUAAGGAUAAAUAGAGAUUCUGCUGAAAAAAAAAAGUAAAAUUUUUAAGAUGAAGAUGAUGAUUAUNAAAUUUCUGAAAUAUCUACUUAUACUUCUACUUAGUUACCUAAUGUGCCAAAGGAACUCAUAGAAAUGAAAAAUUCAGUUUUAGAAUAUUCCUCAAAUUAUUUUAAUUUUUAUGAUUCAAUUUCUGAAAUUAAGGAUAAUAUUUUGGAAUUCUCCAAUAAAAUUGCUUCCUCUAUUCAAGAAUAGCUUAAGGAAAAUACAAAUAAUAUGUAAAAUAUAUUUAAUAAUUUAACAACUACUUUUGGUGAUUAUGUAAAUGGAAUAAAUGAUCUUUUUGAAUUUAUUUGGCAACAUAGAGAAACUAUAAAAGAAGCAUUUGAGUAUGCUAUAGAGGUUCUUAAAGAAUAAUAUGAUCAAUUUUUAAAUACUUAAAAUUUUAUAGAAAAUAUGAGAUAUUCAAAGGAAGAAAAUACUUGCGUGAAUAAUUUUAUAGAGUACCUUGCUAAUACAUGA